UAACAGUAGAAGAAAUAGCAAAAAUGGAAAUAAAAUCAAGCCCUCGUUUUAACAAAUACAAAAUAUUCGGGGAGGGCGUACGCUAGGUUCGCUCCUCAUCCCUGGCCCCAUGCGUGAUGGCAUGAACCCUGCGUUGGUUAUGAAGUCGGAACAAGCGCGGCUGGCGGCUGAAUUCUUUUCCUGUCCACGCGUUAUUAGAGUAAAGAAUGUUUUCUGCGAACAAACACGCUGGGGAUUUCCCUUUUGCCGCAAAAAUCAAACUUGCGUUUAAUUUUUAAGCAUCCAUGAAGGCAUGAUUUAAGUUGCAAUCCACAACAGCAUAAGUUGUAUGAUUGUUAGUCAGAAAAACCUUAUUUUCCCUUGUUUUACUCAAGUGUACUAUAAGCUAAACAAAGGAAACUACAAGCAGGACGACAGAAUGGGCCAGCCCUGGAUUAUAUUCGACCCAUCCACUGAGAAUCUUGAUACUUUCCUGACAGAAAAAGCCCCAUCCAAGAUUUCCAGCUUGGAUGGUCAUAACUGGAUUUGUGUUCGACAUUCAAAGAUGAAUACCCAGGCUGCAGACCAGGCUGCAGACCUGCCUGACAGCAACUCUGACGAUGACCAAAAUGAGGAAUUGGUCUCUGACGAGCAGGAAGACGGGGAAGCAAGUUGUCUAGACAUGUACACAGCAUGGGAGGAACUGUGCGCCACCAUGAGACCUACCCAUGAGGCCAUCUGUCAGUUUGCAAAGGCACAAAGAUGCUUGGUAGGUAAAUGGUUGCUGUUUGCAGAAACAGGUAAUGCAGUUGAUGAACUGUGGAGUAAGGUAGCCAGGGCCGUCCUAGAAGGCAAACUGGGCAUUUCUGCAAAAGUCAGUGUCCGUAAUGACAGACACAGGUCACAUGUGAUUUGCAUCUACAAUUCCGACUUUACUGACGUCGAGGCAGUGCGUCGUCUUGAGAAGGGUAUCCGCAGUCUUGGGUUCUGCAAGAACAUGACGUACAAGGCGGACCUGUUUACAUACCUUGGUGUUUAUGCCAAGAAUCACUAUGGAGUUAAACCAACUAUUUACAGCAGCAAGCUUGAUGCUAUCAAAAGGGAGCUGGUUUUCCAAUACGACCAACGAAGGGCCACAGAUAAUCCAAGAAGGCAUAGCCACAGGAGAAAACCUGCAAAGCAUGAUGCGAUGGAGGACAAAUCGCAGAGGAAAAUGACUGAUUUCUUCAAAGAGAAUUCAAGCUCUUCUCCAGGCAAACGAAAGCACCAAUCACCAUCAGCGAGCCAGUCACAGGAAGAUGAGCCCACGAGCAAACUCCCCAAGCGGAUAGAAAGCAUCAAUGACCCAAGUUCAACAGCUCUGGAUCCUGGUGCUCCUUCACUGCCUGUGUUACACCCUCUGUAACCCCCCCUCCCUAAUUUGGAGCAUACGUGAUGCUUGGAUUCAACUGGCAAGAGCAGCAGGUUGUUCAGUUCACAUCAAGUUUGUAAGAAAGGCAGCACUAUAACAUCUGAAACAGAUUAAGAAAUGAAACUUCCAUCAGUAAAAAAAAAAGUUGCUAUCAAAAAAUGUUAAAUGAAGCUUUCUAUUAGUUCAUAUUCACAUGAUGUCAUGGUUUUUAAGAGGCAGCUGUAGCAGUUGUCACUGCAUACAUGUACAUGUAUUAAAAUCAAUCCACGUAGAACUCUGUGUUAUUUUUGUUUACAUGUAUGUACAAUGUAGCUGUCAGUGUGACAAUUUUUAUUUCCGGCUAACACGUCUUCCAUGCAGUUCAACAUGUAUUGAGUUUUCACGUGAUCCAAGACACUAAAAUAUAGUGUGGUGUAAGAAACUUUAAUGGUGGCAGGUAUCUGUGAUUGAGUAGCAUCCUUCCCUUGCAUCAAAGCAUGUACUGUGUCAGAAUGUUGAGUUGUAUAUCCGACAACAGGUUUCACUGCAUACUACUAAUGCAUAUUCCAGGUGUAUUUAUCUUCAGUCAAACUUGAGUUUUCAGUUCUAAUAAUGUAUAUAACUGUGUUGCAUGGUCCAGGUCAAACUCUGCAUAAUGCGCUGUUCUGCGCUAUUUUUACGCUAAAAGCAAAACACACAACGGCAAAAUUUACCGUAAAUUCAAAGGUGGCACACUCACACGCAUAGGCCCUUAUAACAUCUCUACUGCGCAUCAAGUUUGCUUAAAGAUGAAUUUGUUAUCACACUUGCGGAACACAGAAUAAUGUAGAGCAUGGAUCUGUGUCCUGUAUACCACUUGGCUUUCGGCCUCCACUCACGCUUGUGUGAAAAUUAGUAUUGUAUUGUUGCUUGAAAUUUGUGAUAAAUUUACAAACUGAU